AUGUCAGAGCUGGCCCCACGGCCUCACUCUCCGUGUCUGCUGUUUGUGGCCCUGGGCACUUGGGGAGAUUUCUUGCCAGUCUUUGCAGCAGCAGCAAAUGCAGCACUUCUGCUGCUAGAGGGGGCCCCCCAACAGGGUACCCAGAGUCCUCGGGGCCCCCCGGGGGGCACCCCAUGGGGCCCCCGGGGAGGCCUCCCGGGGGGCCCCCAGAGGCCCCCCAGUGGCCACGAGGGCUCCCUUGGCUCGGGGGCCCCUGGGGCCCUUAGAAGCCCUGGGGGCCCCGUUGGCUUUCAGAGGCCAGGGGUCCCUGGGGGCCCCCUCACCCCAGGGGCCCCAGGGGCCCCAAGGGCCCCCGCGGGCCCCCACAUCUCAGGGGCCUCUGGCUCCCCUGGGGGCCCCCACAGCUCUGGGGUCCCUGAGAACCCUGGGGCCCCUGGGGCCCCUGGGGGCCCCCAGAGUCCUGGGGUCCCUGGGGCCCCCUGCAUGCGUGGGGCCCCUGGGGAGAAGGGGGCCCCCCAGGGGGCCCCUGGGGGCCCCCUGGGGGCCCCCCUGGCUUCAUCUGAGCAGCUGGAGGGGGGCCCCCAGGUGGGGACUGAUGGGGUUGGGGGCCCCCCUUGGGUACUUGUUGCUGCUCCCAAAUGCUGGGUCAAACAAAUUGAAGAUGAGGCGGAGCUGCGGGGUCUACGCAGAGCUGCUGCUGCACCUGCAGCAGCAGCAGCAGCAGAAGCAGCAGAAGCAGCAGAAGCAGCAGCAGCGUGCCCGGAGAUUUGGUUCCCUUGGGGAGAAAAGAUGGAGCUGCUGCGCCUGUUUGAGGGCCUUCGGCUGUUCCUGCUGCCUCUCCCGUGCCUGCCGGUUUAUCCGUCUGCUGCUGCUGCUGCUGCUGCUGCUGAGAGCUGCCACAUGGAAGAAGCUGCGGUGCUGGUCUCUCUUUUUCGGGGAGAGGCUGAGCUCAGCCUACCGCAGCAGCAGCAGCAGCAGCAGCACAGCCAGGCACUGCAACAGCAGCAGCAGCAGCGGCAGCAGGCGCCCAAGGGUUUCUUUGAGCAGCUGUUUGAGCAGCACCCGGAGCUGCCUCCGCUGCUGCAUGCAGCAGAGCAGCAGCAGCAGCAGCAGCAGCAGCAACUGCAGCAGCAGCAAAAGCAGCUGAAAGCAGAAGCUCUGGAGGCGUGGGCUGUCGGACAUGCCUCCCGCUCUGUCACAGAGGCAGAUCUCAAGGAGUGGAUGUGGCGGCUGUGUCUGAGUGACAGCGGGGCAUUUCGGGAGAAGUUUUUGGGUCUUCCGCCCUCCCUUUUCGAGACGAAUACAGCAGAAGCAGCAGCAGCAAACCAAACAGCAGCAGCAGCAGCUGCAGCAGCAAACCCAGCAACAGCAGCAGUAACUGCAGCAGCAGACCCAGAAAAAGCAGCAGCAACAACUCCAGCAGCAAAUCCAGCAUCGGCAGCAACUGCAGCACCAACUGCGGCAGCGGACACGGCAGCAGCAACAGCAAUUGUAGCAGCAAACCCAGCAGCAGCAGCAGCAGCAGCAGAGUGCAAGAUGACACGGGGCCUUGCGCUGCCUCGUGCUGCUCCGCUGCUGUGUCUUUGGUCAUCUCGUCUCUAUAAAGACCAAGCAGCAGCACUGCCCCCAUUUGCUGCUGCUGUGGGGCCCGCGCCUGUGCCUUGGCAGCUUCUUCACAAGCAGCAGCAGCAGCAGCAGCAGCAACAGCAGCAGCAGCAGCAGGAGGCUAAGCACCGCGUUCGCCUAUUUGGAAGAGGCGGAACCCCUGUGGGGCCAGAUUUGCUGCUGACGCUUGAAGAGCUGUUGCUGCUGCUGCUGCAGCCUCUAGAUGCGUGCCAGAAGCAGCAGCAGCAGCAGCAGCAGCAGCAGCAGCAGCAGCAAAACUUGCAUUUAACUAUGAGCAGCCAAAGCGAUGGCCCCGUGGUGCCCACCCCGCUCAGGUCUUCUGAACCCCUUUGGCAACCUUCAGCAGCAGCAGCAGCAGCAGCAGCAGAUCUCGCAGCUGCAGCAGCAAAGAGGCAGAAAUUCACUGAGGCAUACAAUGGCCUGGCAGCUAGCAGUAAAUCUGACCAGCAGCAGCAGCAGCAGCAGCAGCAGCAAGCCACUGCUGCAGUGCUGCUAAUUGCUGCCUCUGCUGCUUACUGCCCCUGCGGCUACUUCGAAAGGGGCCCCCCAGGGGGGCCCCCAGGGGGUCCCCCGGGGGGCCCCCCCACGAGGGGACCCCCAGAGGGGCCCCCAGAGGGGCCCCCAGAGGGGCCCCCAGAGGGGGCCCCCCGGGAGACUGUUGAGGGUUUGGGGGCCCUUAACCAAGAGGUGCAAAGGGAAACCCAAGUGCUGCUGCUGCUGUCGCCAGUCGAUCUCCCGGCACUGCUGCAGCAACUGCAGCAGCAGCAGCAGCAACAGCGGCAAGAGCAACAGGCUGCAGCAACAGCAGGGGGCGCAGCAUCAGGGACGAGCGUUGCUGCAGCAGCGCCCGCAGCAGAAACUGCGGCAGCAGGUACAUCAGCAGCAGCAGCAGCAGCAGCAAAAGCAGCAGCAGCAGCAGCAGCAACGAACAAGGGCCCACCCUCUGUUUGCAUAGUAUCCCACGGCAGCGCUGGCUCAGCUGCGACGUUCUCGGCUAGCAAGGGCGUGGCCCAUUUGCUGCUGCCGCUGCUGUUCGAUCAGCAGCAAGUGACACAAUGCAUGCAGCAGGCAGGUUUGGGGCUUGCAGCUUCUGAGCUGCUGCUGGACGCGCUGGCUGCUGUCACGGCCCAAGAGGCGGCGGUGCAGCGGCGCCAGACGCAGCAGCACCAGCUUCUGCAGCAGCAGCUGCAGCAGCAGCAGCUGCAGCAGCAGCAGCUGCAGCAGCAGCAGCUGAAGCAGCAGAUGGGGGCAGCAACGGCAGCAGCAGCAGCAGCAGCGACGACAGAAGCUGCAGCAACAUAUAUUGCUGAGGACGGCGGCCUUGCUGCAGCCCGCUGUGUACUCGCGUUGAUGCAGCAAAAGAACCAGAAGCAGCAGCAGCACUGCAGUAGUUAA